AUGACGAUGACGGCGAGCGCCAAGCAGAGUUCCAAACGAUCGAAAUGGGCGUUAGAUUUCGCCCACAAAACGAAACAAGACAAAAACGUGGAGAUACCGUCUCCACCAGGAUACACGCCCACCGGCUCCCUCUUUCACAACGUGGAGUACAUGAGGGAGUCCGACUCCAAUCAUCUGAUAAUAAAAAAGUCCUGGGACCUGGCGUUAGGACCUCUCAAACAAGUGCCCAUGAAUCUGUUCAUUAUGUACAUGGCUGGCAAUUCCAUCUCGAUCUUUCCCAUUAUGAUGGUCGGUAUGCUCAUCAUCAGGCCGGUCAAGGCGUUGUUCACGCUUCAGCAGACGUUCAAAGUGAUCGAGGGAACGCACGCGUUUGGACAAAAGUUCGUGUACUUCUUAGGACAGUUAGUGAAUAUCGCGUUAGCUCUGUACAAGUGCCAGUCGAUGGGUCUGCUGCCGACCCACGCGUCCGACUGGCUGGCGUUCGUCGAGCCCCAGGCGAGGGUGGAGUACUCGGGCGGUGGUUUCAUGUACAUUUGAUGCGAGGAGAUCGGCAGUCAGUUGGCAUCAAAUUGCAUCACUCGGUCGUAUAGUUUUGCUGGCUCGUCCACUCGUGGUAUCUGCAAAGGAAAUCAGCUUCUAUGAACCGCAAAGUAUUCUCUAAUUUAAUUUAUGUCGUAUAUGUAUAUAUAUGUGUGACUUUGAAUUUCUUUUGAGCAAGUUGAGGAAAAGGAGCAUUCGGCUAUGACAGACAGCUACUGAAUUAUCAGUCUUUUUUUUUA